AUUUUAUAUUUAUGGAGUAACAAUGUCGACGGACAAAGAUAUUGAAUCGAAAAAAGACACAGAAGGCAAAAAUAAAGAUAAAAUCUAUUGUACAUUUUGCCCUUCAAAAAUGCUCAAUGCUGGAACUGCCAGAUUAAUAAACAUGGACUUUGCGCUACCUUACAUCCAUAGUAGAGCAGAAGACAAGGCUAAUCAGUCAGAAACAAUUUCUGAUUACUGGUUAAUAGAAGAUAUGUAUACUUUCGAAAAUAUUGGUGUAUCACACACUGUAGGCAACGUCAAAUAUUUAGCUUGUGCAGAUUGUGAGAGAGGUCCAGUGGGUUGGCAUGAUCUGUCCACCAAAAAGUCGUAUAUUGCAUUAUGUAGAGUAAAAUAUGAAUGAAUAGAAAUAAGAGAGCUUAUUAAUAAAAUAAUUUUAUAAUUUUAUAUGUAUAAAUAUACGUGUGCGCCCCCACAUACAUACAUACAUAAAAGCACAAGUGUACAGGAAGAUAUGCAGAUAUAAAACAAUAUUUAUGA